GAUAUGACCAACAUAUGGGUGUAAUGGUGAGGGUAUUAACUUGGGUAGUGUGGCUUUGGGUGAGCAUAGCGGACAUCUCUCUUGCUCAUAGUUCCCAGGAGGACCCAUGUCUUCACCCACCUGUCAUCAGUGCUUGGUACACCCAUCAGGACGAGGCUAUUAAUGGCAAGCUUUGGCUGAGUGAUCACUUGGCUGUGGAGGUGGAUGGUGGCGAGCCCCAUGCUAAGUACCUGGCACACAAGUAUAACCUGCAUUAUGUUCGUCAAGUGUUCACCAACCCACCAGUGUACCACUUCCACAACAUGGACAGCAACGACAACAGGAAGAAACGAUCAACAAAUCUUAACGUCAUCAACUUACUUGCUCAGGAACCAAAGGUUAAGUGGGUUGACCAACAGAAGUUACUCAUUAGAAGCAAAAGGCAAUUAAUUUUUAAAACAAGACCAAGUAAAAAAUAUGAAGAAGAAAAUGAUCAAUGGAGUCCCAGAGAUAUAAAAGGAAGAGAGAGAUUCCAUAGCCUUCCUUCUAAUGUCCAGAAUUCAAGAACUAUGAUGGCUAAAUUGAGAAGAAGGCUCCCUGAAUUUGUUAGAAACAGAGAGCCGCAGUGGAGGGCACAGGAGAAUCUGGAUUACUGGACAAUGAAAGAAGAGGAACUGGAGAUAAACAAGAAUUCACUUUCACACAAACAAUCCACUGCACAAGAACCCAGUUUUAAGCAUAAAUUGAUGACCAUUCCACUCUUCAGAACCAUUGGCAACUCAGUUGACUUGGCCAGGGCCAGACUUGCUGCAUCUCGGUCUAUAAGGGAGUAUGAUGCACAACACUUUGUUGAUGGAGAUUAUGCUAGACCUUAUUUCCUAAGAAACAAUGUUUCUUUUAUUCAACCUAAGACCAUUAUUAAUACAGAACAUGAAAGCAAAGACAUUUACCUCAAUUCAAGUCAUUCAUCAUUAACCACUGGAAUAGAUGACUUUGGAAAAUGGAUAGAUAGUAUAGCAGAAACUACAAUGGCAUUUAACGAUCCCUUAUACAAGGAUCAAUGGUACUUGCACAACACAGGUCAGCUGGGGCAUGCAGGGUAUGACUUGAAUGUAACAUGGGCCUGGCUUCGAGGAUACACAGGACGUGGUGUUCACCUCUCCAUCCUAGAUGAUGGAAUCCAAACCACAAAUGCAGAUAUUGCAGCCAAUUAUUUUCCAGACAUUAGUUAUUCAGUGAUCCACGAUGGCCAGCCCUUGGAUGACCCAUCACCUAGAAUUGAUCCAAGUUUCAGCAAUUCUCAUGGCACUUAUUGUGCUGCUAUUGUAGCUGCCGUCCCAAAUAACUCCAUCUGUGGUGUUGGUGUGGCCUAUGAGGCCAAGGUUGGAGGUGUGCGUAUAGUGGAUGGAACUGUGACAGAUAUCCAAGAAGCAACAGCACUCUCUCGCCAUCUAGAUAAAGUGGAUGUAUUUAGUGCUUCUUGGGGUCCCAUGGAUGAUGGCACAAAGGUGGAGGGUCCUGGUAGGCUAGCCAAACAAGCAUUCCUUGAGGGUGUUACCAAGGGUCGAGACGGGAAGGGUAUAGUGUAUGUGUGGGCCUCAGGCAAUGGUGGAUUGAUGGGUGACAACUGCAACUUGGAUGGUUAUACUUCUUCUAUAUAUAGCCUAUCUGUAUCUGCUCUCACUGAAAUUGGUACAUCCACGUUCUAUGAGGAGCCAUGUGCAUCAACAUUAGCAGCUGUGUACGUAGGUGGUGACCAUUCACUCCAGGCUGCUAUUGAGCAACAAAAGCAACGCAAGAAGGCGUUACGGAUAGUAGUACCAGAGUUGGAUGGCCACUGUAGUGAGUCAUUCCAGGGAACUUCUGCUGCAGCUCCUCUUAUGGCAGGCAUUGUAACCCUUGUUCUCCAUGCUAAUCCGAACCUGACAUGGCGUGAAAAUGGCUAUGGAGCUGUUGAUGCUGGCAAGAUGGUUGAGGCAGCUCUCAAGUGGAAGAAUGUUACUCCUCAGACAACUGCCAUCUCGUCAUUGUUUAAUGGCUAUAGACAAUCCUCUCUAACUGUCACAGUAGCAAAGAAUACCGGUGAUGAAGUAAGUUUGACCUAUAGUAUGAAGUACAUAGCACAUGCCAUUGAUGGGAAUGAUAGAUACAGUGGACCCUCAACUAAUGGCGGCAUCAUCUAA